GCAUUAGCAUUAUUUCAUUGUAAACAUUGAGCGGUACCACAUGAAGGUUGGCAGCAAUACUCGAUUGCUGAUCAAGAACUUGCCGCUGUCUCUAGAUGAAGCACAGACUCAGCGUCUAAUAUCGCAGAAAUGUAAAGACAUCGGUUUGGAAUUCACUGACUGCAAGUUGUUAACUAAGUCUGGAAAGGGAAAGACAAAGUCUAUCCUUGGUGAUGAGACGGUGUCACGCGGCCUAUGUUUCGUUGGAUUCGCGGAUGAAGCUGAUGCCACAAAGUUUAAAGACUUUUACAAUGGCACAUACUUCCGUGCUGCUAAGGUUACUAUUGAGUACUCUAGGCCGUUUUCUAGGUUGCCAUAUGCUACAGAAGCACCUACGGAGUCUUCGGAGCGUAUAAUAAAGCGUUCCAAGGAGUCACUAGACGAUGGUGAGGUGGCAACAACACUAGUAAAGCAUGUGAGCAAGUACACCAAGGCUGGUGUGGCUGGAGAGCGGAAGCAUACUGUAUUCGACGAUGCUGGGAGCCAGGACGAUGAGUUGUUACCUGAGGAUGAGGGCGACUCUGUUGCUAUGCUACCCAAUGAGGACGUUGACCCCGAAUCCCUAGAUCGAGUGGUAAUAUUCAACCUCCCGUACAACGUCACUGAAUCUGCUAUCCGUGAGCUCUGCAGGCCCUUUGGUCCUAUAACUGAGGUACAUUUACCGUUGAACAAGUCCCUGGAUACCGAUAGUACCCAGGACAAGCUAACGAAGGGUUACUGUUACGUAACAUGGGUAUUUCCAUCUGAUGCCAUUAAGUUCCGUGAUGCCAAAAACAGAUCAAUUUUUUGUGGCCGUAUAAUUCACGUAGACCUGGCCAAACCACGCAAGUCUAGUGCCAGUGACGGCUCCACUUACGACAUUUUAAAUCGCCGUAUCCGUGAGCGGCAUGCAGAGAAGUCAUCCUACAAGCGCCAAUUGCAGAAAAAGCGCCAAUCCACCUCGGGUGAGAGUAGUAUAUGGAACACUCUGCAUAUAGACAUCAACGCAACUGUUGCUGCAGUAUCCCGGGAACUAGAGUUACAGAAAAAGGAAGUCAUGGAUGAAAACAGUGCUGCUGUGAAUGUUGCCUUAACUGAGACACUGGUGCUCAACGAGUUGACUCGUUGGCUUGACGAGCAGGGUAUUGACUAUAAGCGAUUCCAGGUACAGAAGGACACUGAUGAUGCGGGAUCUGAGGCUGUCACGGAAGUUCAGCGCUCUGAUGACACUAUAAUCAUCAAGAACCUAUCUAAAGAGAGCUGUGAGCACGAGUUGGUUGAGCUGUUUUCUCAAUAUGGCACCUUGAUGCGGCUAUCAAUUUCACCGUAUCAAGUAAUGGGCAUAGUUCAAUAUAUCGAUCCCAAGUGCGCAUCAACUGCAUUUAAAAAGAUGGCAUACAGGCCAUACAAGGGCUUACCCAUAUAUGUGGAAUGGGCCCCUGUCAAGUUAUUCCAUGAGGAUGCGCCAAGGCCAGUUUUAGCAACUACACCUACAACGUUAGACCCCAAGCCUACUGAGGAAGUUGACUACUUCACGGAUACUGUUGGCGACCCUGACAUGGAACACGCCAGCCUUGGGAGCAACACUAGCGUAUAUAUCAAGAACCUGCAUUUCAAAACCCGAAACGACGCUCUGCAGCAUCAUUUCGGGUCUUGCAAGGGAUAUAUAACCAGUAAGGUAUUACUGAAGGAUAAUGACACCUUGUCUAGGGGAUUCGGUUUCGUUGAGUUCGACAGCCUGGUAAACGCCAAAGCUGCAAUUCGCGCUAAGACAGGGUUGAUCAUCGAUGGCAAGGUGAUUGAGAUGUCAAUUGCUAAACGGGUUGAUAAACCCGUAGCCGAGGUACCUGAGCACAAGUUGUUAAAGGCUACUUCUAAGAUUAUAGUAAAAAACCUGGCGUUCCAGGCUACUAAGCAGGAUUUGUACAAGCUGUUCAGCUUUUACGGUAAUGUUAAGUCCGUCAGGAUACCAAAGAGUCUAAAGAGCAACAAUCGCGGUUUUGCUUUUGUGGAGUACAGUAGCAAGCAAGAGAGCGCCAGGGCGGUGGAAUCCUUGCAACACAGUCAUCUCUACGGCCGCCACUUGGUUCUGGAGUUUGCCGAGGAGGAUGAAAACUCGGAACAGGAGUAGAUAAAGCCUGGAAUCUUGUUUAAAUAUGUUGAUCACAUGGUCGCAACCGGGUGCACCUGUUCAGGUAUGUCGCGCGAGUCACCCACCUCGUCUUA